AGAGAGAGAGAGAGAGAGAGAGAGAGAGAAAUGUCAUUAGAAGAGGCGUAACGCGUCAGUCCGUGCGCAGGUUGCUUUCCUGGAGUGGCUGAAAGGGAUCAGUCCCAAACCUGAGCGCCAGGAAUAACGGUCCUUCCUUCCCGAGCACUUUUUCUUUACUCCCCCUUUUUCCCCCCUCACCGAGGCGUUGCUAUCGGUUCGCUUAAGGAUCCGCUUCGUUUCCACAACCGGCUCGGACACGAUACGCGCGUAAAGAUCCUCCAGCCUGCCGCCGCUGAUUGAAGGGAAGGAAGGAGAGUCGCGUCCAUGCGAGCCGCUGUCUGAUACACACACACACACCACACCACACCACACACAUAAACACACACGUACGCACACACGUAUACACACAAGCCCGUCGAUGAGGCAGCAGCAGCAGGAGCAGCAGAUCAUGGCGGAUGGCCCCCGGUGCAAGCGACGGAAGCAAGCCAACCCGAGAAGGAAAAACGCAGUGCUAAACUACGAGAACGUAGUGGAGACUGGAUCAGAGACAGACGAAGAAGACAAGCUGUUGGUUUCCGAAGAGGACGGCUUACUGAACGGCGUUGCCAGUCCAGCCAGCCUGGCCAAUCACGAGCCAGCAGCUCCACUAUCCCCGAGACUUGGCCACGCCCUUAUGACGAAAGUCGACGACGAGGAGGACGAGAUGCGGGACAGCGGUGUGGAGCACGUGUGGAACGAGAGCGACAUUCUGAGAAGCUCUGUAGAUGAUGAACUGAAGGACGAUUUUGACAGCAUGGUCCAUGACGCCGCUUUACAGCCUAUUGGAAACGGUACAGUGAAGAGAAUGGACUGCACAGCCGAGUUCGAGGAGUUCUUCGCUAAAAGGAAGAUGGCCGACAGCGAGAGCCAUGUGGUUAGCAUCGCUGAAUAUCUGCAGCGCGCCGACACGGCCAUCAUCUACCCCGAGGCUCCAGAGGAGAUCGCUCGCCUGGGUACACCCGAGGGCCCCGGGCAUGAGGAGAAUGACCUGCCACCUGGAACUCCAGAUGCUUUCGCCCAACUGUUGACCUGCCCCUACUGCGACCGGGGUUACAAGCGCUUGACUUCCCUGAAGGAACACAUCAAGUACCGGCACGAGAAGAACGAGGAGAACUUCGCCUGCCCUCUGUGCAACUACUCUUUUGCUUACCGCACUCAGCUGGAGAGACAUAUGGCCACGCACAAGCCUGGACGAGAUCAGCACCAACUGCUGAACCAGGGAGCUGGCAACCGCAAGUUCAAAUGCACAGAAUGUGGCAAGGCCUUCAAAUACAAGCACCAUCUGAAGGAGCACCUGCGGAUCCACAGUGGGGAAAAACCGUAUGAAUGCCCAAACUGUAAGAAGCGCUUCUCUCACUCUGGAUCCUACAGUUCUCAUAUCAGUAGCAAGAAGUGCAUUGGCCUGAUCACAGUUAAUGGCAGGAUGAGGAACAACAUGAAGCCUGGCUCCUCUCCAACCUCCGCCUCUUCCUCUCCAACCAACACUGCCAUCAGCCAGCUAAGGCACAAGCUGGAAAAUGGCAAGCCCCUUGGCCUCCACGAGCAGUCCAAUCACCUCAACAUUAAAUCGGAACCACUGGACAUCAACGACUAUAAGCUGAUAAUGGCCUCACAUGGCUAUGGUACACCAGGUCCCUUCCUGAAUGGUGGGCUGAGUGGAGGGAGCCCACUAAGUGCCCCCAACUCACAAAGUCCCCUCCAGCACUUAGGGAUGAGCAUGGAAGGACAAUUGCUGGGGUACCCUUCUUUAGGGAACAACCUGAGCGAAGUGCAGAAAGUGCUUCAGAUUGUAGACAACACAGUAUGCCGACAGAAGAUGGACUGCAAGCCAGAGGAACUUUCAAAACUGAAGGCCUACAUGAAGGAGCUGGGCUCCCAAAUUGAGGAGAAGAAAACAGGGCUGGGAUCACCCGGUGGCCCCCAGACAGGUCUUCCAGUGAUCAGUCACAAUGGUGCAACCAAGAGCAUCAUUGACUACACACUCGAGAAAGUCAAUGAAGCUAAAGCAUGCCUCCAGAGCUUGACCACAGACUCUAAGAGACAAAUUAGCAAUAUCAAGAAGGAGAAGUUGAAUCAUACGAUAGAUUUAGGUACAGAGGAGAAGAUGCACGAGAACAACUUAAUGUUUACAUCCUUUUCUUGCCAGUAUUGCAAAGAAACUUUCCCAGGUCCCAUUCCACUGCAUCAGCAUGAGAGGUACCUGUGUAAGAUGAACGAAGAAAUAAAAGCCGUACUGCAGCCCAGUGAAAACAUCACACCUAACAAGCAGGGCGUGUUUUCAGAGAAACAUGCCCAUUUGUUUUCCCCAAUCAUCACUGAGAAGGGAAUUACUAGCCCUAUCAACCCUUACAAGGACCACAUGUCAGUGCUCAAAGCAUACUUCGCCAUGAACAUGGAGCCCAACUCAGAGGAACUACUGAAGAUCUCUAUAGCAGUUGGCCUUCCUCAGGAAUUUGUGAAAGAGUGGUUUGAACAGAGAAAGGUAUAUCAGUAUGCCAAUACGGGAACACCCCCUUUAGAUAGGAACCAUAUGGAGAUUGGUUUGCCUGCCACUAACAACAUGCCCAAUAAGGAUUCCUUAAAUGCGCGUUCCCCUCUAUCUUUGGCCAAACCUAUGGACAGAAUGACAUCACCUGCCACCCCCGAACUACAUAACAUCAACAACUGUGACACCCCCCUCAGGCUUUCUAAAACACCCCAUUUCCCUGGCUCCAGGCAACUUGGUGAGAAGUUGGACCACUCCAGGAGCAACACGCCAUCUCCACUGAACCUGUCCUCAGCCUCCUCCAAGAACUCCCACAGCAGCUCUUACACCCCCAACAGCUUCACGUCCGAGGACCUGCAGGCAGAGCCACUGGACCUCUCGUUACCAAAGCUCAUGAGAGAAUCCAAACACGUGCUUUCUGUCAAGAGCCGGCCCAAGCCCAGCAGUGUCCCCUUAGACCACAACCCCAUCACAUCCCCCCGGGAACACCUGGAAGAGCCACUCAAUCUCGCAUACCUAUCCAAGAAAGAGUUUGGAAGCCCCAAUGGUAACCUGGAGAAAAGCACUAGCCCCAUGUUUGGCAUUAACCCUUUCUCUGCCAAACCUCUGUACACUUCCUUACCACCUCAAAGUGCGUUCCCUCCGGCCACAUUCAUGCCCCCAGUUCAGGCCAGUCUCCCAGGUCUCCGGCCAUACCCCACACUUGACCAGAUGGGCUUCCUGCCACACAUGGCCUACACCUAUGCUGCAGGAGCUGCCAGCUUUGCUGAGAUGCAGCAUCGGAGAAAGUACCAGCGGAAGCCAGGGUUUCAGGGGGAGUUGCUAGACGCCACGCCAGACUAUCUCUCCAGCCUGGAUGACAUGACAGACUCAGACGCCUGUCUGUCCCGGAAGAAGAUUAAGAAAACAGAAAGUGGUAUGUACGCGUGUGACCUUUGCGACAAAACAUUCCAGAAGAGCAGUUCCCUCCUAAGACACAAAUAUGAGCACACAGGUAAAAGGCCGCACCAGUGCCAGAUCUGCAAGAAGGCGUUCAAGCACAAACACCACCUGAUCGAGCACUCCCGUCUUCACUCGGGCGAGAAGCCGUACCAGUGCGACAAGUGCGGCAAGCGCUUCUCACACUCUGGCUCGUAUUCGCAGCACAUGAACCACCGCUACUCCUACUGCAAACGAGAGGCUGAGGAACGCGAGGCGGCUGAGAGAGAGGCACGCGACAAGGGGCGCCUGGAACCGAGUGAACUCCUCAUGAACCGGGCCUUUCUUCAAGGUCUGACGUCUCCCAGAUACACCGAGCACCAAGAACGCGAUACUAUCCUGCGCGACGGCAUCAACGGCGGUACCAAAGAGCCGGACGGAACCUACGGCAAGCUGGGGCGCAGGGAGGACGAGUUCGAGGAAGAAGAAGAAGAGGAGAGCGAGAACAAGAGCAUAGACACGGAUCUGGACACGGCGCGGGACGAAGAGGACAACGGCGAGCACUCGAUGGACGACAGCUCGCUGGACGGAAAAACCAAAUCGGACCACGAGGACAACCCUGAGGACGGCGUCUAAUAAGACUACUGUGUUGUGUGUUCUGCAAGCUUCCCCUCCACAUCUUUUCAUUUUUGUUGGUUGACAUUUUUUUCUUUCGGUUGCCACCUGAACAGACGGACGCACACGAGCUUCUGGAUUUGCGCCAGACUGAUUAAAAAAAAAAGAAAAAGAAAGAAAUAAUGAAUCCAGUCAGGGAGGGGAGGGGGAAACGGGUGAGAAGCUGCAUUAUGCAAAAAUGAAACUAAUGGAAUAUUGAUAUGUUUUUUUUUUUUUUUAAUGUACAGUAUUAAGGCCUAAAAACUAUGUGUGGUGCUACCAUCUUAAAAAAAACCUGUGUUCCAUAGUAUUUAUAGCACAAAACUAGUAACUUGUACAAAAAAAAAUUGCACUCCGCUUCUAUAAUCACUACAAAAAUAAUAAAAAAGUAUUGCCUAUGUAUAUUUAUAGUGUUGAAGUAAAAAAAAAAAAAAGAAGAGUCUGCAGCGUGUUUGCUGCAGGUUGUCAGUAUUAUGAAUUCUCUCGCUCCCACUGUGCCCUUUGCCGUUCUUCACCCCGGUGUUUACUCAGCUAGCCACAUGUUUUUAGGCCUCCACAAAUUUUUACUCGACGUGAAAGGAACUUAAAUCGAAAGCGGUUCAAUUGUUUUUUCGUUGUUUUUUUUUUUAAAGUCUUAAACAGACUGUGUAGAGCGAGUGGAACGCUCCAGAGUGGAGACAGAUGAAGGAAGAAGACAGCGUCGAAGGAGAAAGCCUUUGUAAAGUCAUUUUCUUUUGUAUUAGAAAAGAUUAAAGAAAAACAAACAAAAAAAAAAAAACAAAGCCUUAUAUGCAAACCUUUUAAUCUGUGUGUUUCUACAAAGUGCCAUCCUUGUACAGUGUUACAGGAGGACGGACGUCGUGUUGCUCUCGUCCUCCUCCUCCUCCUCAGUAUUAGCAGAGUAGGCACUCGUUCUUUAGUUUACAUCAUGUUUGUGCAAUUUUAAUUUUUUUUUUUUUUUUUUUUUUUAAUCAGUAUUACGCCAAACCGUUUCUCUCCAACAACAACGAAAAAAAAAAUAUCGAUUCAUUUUAUUAUGUCAGUUUAAAUAACAUUUUAUUUAUGUGGCCCAUUUUUGUAUUUCCUAAUUUUAUUUAUUUCAUACUGUAGUGUACAGUAUUAUAGUUCUUCAAUAUAUAGAUAUAUUUUAGUAAAAAUGAAACAUGCAGAUCACUUGGGCAAAUUUUACGUAAAGAGAGCAUUUAUUGUGUUUUGAGACAUUAAUUGUGAAAUGCGAAUUUUCAGCUUCUUUCUUUCUUUUUGUUUUUCUCUUCUUUUUUUUUUUUUUUUUUCAGUUUACUGGAAAAAUUCCAAAAUUUGGGAACUUUUGAUACGAUAUUGUGAAACACUGUAUUUUCGACUGAGAAAAAAAAAUAUUCCACUUUCUUCAUCUUGUUUUUCUUUCUUUUUUUUUUUUUUAAAUAAAAAAUGAAGAGGGACUGUUAAAAUAAAUACAAUGUAUUAUACCAUGAGAGAAAAAAAAAAGAAUCUUUCCUGAAAUGUCUUUGUAAAAGUAUUAUUGAAUUUUUAAUUUGUAAUUCCUCUUGGAAAUGACCAUGCUCGAAUAAACGUAGCCAAAUUAAAACGG